GAAAAGAAGACUUUAAAAGCUAUUGAAAUUCAAUUUAUUUAUAGGAGGACCAUUUUUCGAUGCGAGCAUUCCAUGUCUUGCAUCUCGUAAAUUUAAAAUGUUCUUCAAAAUAAAAGAAAUCGUUGUCCUGUGGAAAAGGUGCUGUUUACCGAUAAACAUAAAGUAAUUAUUGUUAUUUUAGGCUUAAGAAAGAAUUUCUACGUUGUUUAAACGAAAAACUAUAGGAAGGAUUUAGCCUGGGUUUGAUUGAAAAGUUGUCUGGUUUGUUGGUCCUGUAUUCACGAUUCUUGAGGAAGAUAUAGUUUUUUUGAAUGCAAAGAAAGCCAUACUAAACGGAAAAACUACAGGCUGGUUUUUCUAUUCUGUUUGUGGUGUAUGAAUCGCACCCUAUUUGGUUCAGACCUUUUGUGAGUGGAAAACGAAGUGUAUAGCUAGAUAUUAGAAUCAGCAAUUAGUUUUUGUUCCCUUUUGUUUUUAUUUGUUUUUGCAUUUCUACCGCCAGGAUGGUAGAGACAUCUGUUGAAAAAGUCGAAACGACUGUCCCAAAAGAUCCGAAUUCCAAAGGUGAAUCCAAUGUUUUAAUAAAACUCGUCUCUGAGCUUCAAAGCUUACUGGGAAAUGAAUAUGAGACGUAUACGAUGUGUAUUACAGACUUCAUCGUUGGCCAGUUGAGCCGCAAGGAAUUAAAUAACCUACUGUCCAAGUACUCUAAUGAUCCAAAAUUUGUCAAAUUACACAACCAAUUUAUUCUAAGCAUAGUCAAAGACUUACAGAGAUCAGGGAAGUCUGCUGUGAAUAAAUUGCCGUGGGUGAAGCGAAAGCGAUCUGAUGGAGCAUUGUUUGUUCACAAAAAGUUUACUUCUCAUAAUGCACAAGCCAAAAAGUUGAAAAAAAUCAUCCUAUCUCUAAGCUCCAAAGAUCGGGAAAGGAUUAAAGCGGUUUUGAAGGAAAAAUCCAGCACUCCACCUCAACUUCCUGGUCUAUUACUUGAAACGAGGAUUGCAAAAUUACCCAAAAUUCCAGUUUCCCGUGAUAAACUAAAUUCUGUUUUUGUUAAUGAUAUUAAAGCUGGUUAUGUUGCUCCCCUUGCCUCAGAAACUUUGGAAGUCCCCGAUGCCGAUUCACUUAAAGAACGUAUAACUGCUAUUGCUUUAGAAAAUGGGUUAUUGGGCGGAAUAGAAAAAUCCGUGCCUGAAGUAAUAUUAGCAGGAUUGGAAAACCAUAUAAAAAAUAUUUUUUCAAAGUGCUUUUCAAUUAUGGAUAGACUACUGGAUAAAAGACGGCACCAUGAGUCUUCAUUUACGAUACAAGACUUAAACUUAACUUUGUCUAUUGAACCACAUAUGCUUGUUGAAGAGUAUCCUCAUGAUGCUAAAAUUCCUUUUUUACUUCACGACGCCGCCAUGGAGGAUGAAUUGAGUACAACAACAAGGGAUUUCUCUGCUCCCGUGCCUGAUUACAUGAAGCCAAUGGACGCAUCUUUUGAAGAGCGCGAAGCGGUAGCUGCUUUGCUAGACGAUGUGCUCCCUUCAGAGUAAACAAUCAAUGACUUUCAGUUGAGGAUAUUCUGAAAGCCUUAAUCUGUUUUUUGUAUGUUCAUUUUCGUUUAAUCUUUUUAUUUCGUCUUGUAUGCAAAUAAUGAAUUACCUUUUUGAGAUGAAUAAGAACUUCCUAUUUUUAUUAACAAAUACCACUAUUAAAAAUUUAUUAGAUAUUAAAAAAAAU